GAAACCAACUGGGAGGCAAGAAGUGCUGAAGUUAAAGCAUGCCAUGGAUUCCAUGCUAGCACGUGCUGGUGUUGAUGAUGAGGGUAAAGAGCUGUCAGGUCCAACCCAGAUUCACAACCUCCUGGAGUUGGUUAAAAAGGAACAAAACAUUUACAAUGUAGCAUUUAAUGAGAUAAUUCGCCAAGUAACUGUUGAAUGUGCUGAGAGAGGAGAAUUGUUAGCAAAUUUGAGAAAGCGCUAUGCAGAUCUUUUAGACCGCAUUCCCAGACAAGUUAAAAGGUAGAUUUUUUGACAAUGUUUGAAACUGCAAAUGGAUAGAGAGGGAAUUAAUUAAUUAAUGUAUUUUUUGACUGAGCAAAUAGUCCAGUUUCGAAUUCACCAUGACCGCUGAUUAAAAGCAGUGACAACACAUUUGCACAGGGUUAGCCUCGACCUAAAAAAAAAUAUUUACAAAUACUGGCGGGAAGGUGCCACAAAUUUGAAAAUUAAACAAUACACAGAACUGUAAACAGGUCAUCAUCUU